GCGAGGAAGCCAGAUGCAUAUUGAGUUGUGGAAGGUCACGUAGAUUUAUCAAGAGUUAGGCUAUUAAUUCAUCCGUAUUAAACUGGCCCGGCUCAUGAAUGGUAAGGGGGACAAUUAAAGACGCUUACUGUCGGCUGCUGUCAUCAACAACACGUGUUAUAUCUCACUGAAAGCGCCUAAUACCAUGCCCCAGAGAGACUCAAACAGCCAGCACCAUCAGGGCUAAGACCUGUUCCACCAUGCCCAAGAGGAAGCUAGAGGAACUGGAGACGUCGGCAGUGGGGUGCACGUCGUCCUCGCCUCGUACACCCGAGUCAGAUGACAGCAACAGUAGCUGCAGCGUGGGCACUGACGGCAGCACAGAUGUCACCACCAAGAAAGAAUCCACGAAGCGGGCGAAGAAGGCGGUGGCCUUCCAAGGGGUGACAGUGUUCUACUUCCCCAGAAUGCAAGGUUUCACAUGUGUUCCCAGUGAAGGGGGAUCUACUUUAGGCAUGGCCAACAAACACAAUUUUGUUGAGAAGUUCAGCUUGAGAGAUUAUGCCAAAGAACAAAAGCGAAUCCAUCGGGUGAUUAUUGCGGAACAGCGGCGCCAGGGAAAGUUGUUUCCUAGCCCGCUGUUGAGUACAGUUAUGUUGGAAGAGGGUGAAGUGUCAUCAGGUAGUGAAUCAGACAGUGAGUUCGAUGACUACUAUUUUCUGCAGCCUGUGCCCAUUCGACAGCGAAGGAAUAUGCUUCGCACAUCAGGGGUGAAAAAGAUUGAAAAUCUGGAGAAGGAUGAGUGUCGGGAGAUCCGAGUAUCAAGGGAAGUUUGUGGAUGUGAUUGUAAAGUGUUCUGCGAUCCUGAGAAAUGUGCUUGUAGUCUGGCUGGGAUUCAGUGCCAGGUUGAUAGGUUGUCCUUUCCAUGUGGAUGCAGCAAAGAUGGCUGUGGGAACAUCGCAGGGAGAAUUGAAUUUAAUCCAAUCCGUGUAAGAACUCACUUCAUCCACACACUCAUGCGUCUGGAGUUGGAAAAAAAGGAAUGUGAAUCUAGUGUUAAAGCUCACUGCUCUCGAGAUGGGUCAAAUAGUAUGAAUGGAAUGUCAUCGUCUAAUGAUAGUAUUGACUGGACUCAGUUCAACAGCAACGAGAAAGGCAGUUGUCGGGACUGCCAGAAUAGUGAGAUGUGUAAUGCUAUGAUGCAAGAGGUAAGGUAUGCUCAGCAGAGGUCACUCCUGCCACAGCAGACAUUUACUUCCUCCAAUCAUGUUCAACAGCCGCAGCCACAGCAACACACAGAAACCAAUGGGAGUCCACUGCCUCGUGUUAUGUUGUUCAAUGACAGUGAUGAAGAAGUAUAUCAUGCAGAAAACACAACAAACUUCUUUCACUUUAGUAAGCAAGAAGAGAGCUAUUCUGAGGCCAGUGAGUGCUCCAGUGACAAUUCUGUUGAGGGAACAGAUUAUCCAAAGUCGUAUCAAAACCUCACUGCCAUUGGCACAGUGGAUGAAGAAACCAAUCAGGAAUUCUGCUCAGUGUCAAAAGCAAGGACGUUUGUUCCCAAAAAUCAAACCCAGGAGAAAUACAUGGAUCUGAACAAUUCCUCAAACCACAUGUACAAGCUGCAGCCAAUAUCCGGUAUGUUGAAUCCCCUCAAUGCUUCUUCAACCCCCAACUUAGAAACCAAAGGUAAUUGGCAUAGACAGCCUCAAAACCAUAGUGACACUGCUGAAAAACGUCUAGACUCUGUGCCACCAAUAUCUAAAGAAGUAGAUGUGUCCACAUACGCAACCAUGACAACCACUACCAGAGACCAGUUGGCACAAAAAUGCCCCCUGAUCUCGUCACACAUGGCUCGGCAUGAUGCAGGGUAUGUAAGCAAUGUCACUACUGCCAGUCGAGCAGCAGCCCAUAUCUAUACUGACUUCGGUUUGGAUUCAGACAGUUCUCAGUCUGCAGUCCUUGGCCAGUCGCCUAACCUCUCAGAACCAUCAUACCCAGAUUUUGUUGAUCAACGAUCAACCCUGGACUCAAAUCUUGCAUAUGACAGUGCUCUUGGUUCCUCCUCUGGGGAUGACAAUUCUUCUGUAGGGUCAGGUCCUGACAUCUGUAUGGCAGGCAGUGGAAGCAACACAUCUUUGUCCUUAUCUGCAGAGAAAGUCAGCAGCACACCAGCAGCAAGUGAGAAAGAUAUCCAAGAAAACCACACUUUGUCUCAGAACCAUGACAAAAAGGGCAGCGACAACUUUGGUGAAAUCAUCAAGGAAUCCAUUGUGGAAACUGUUUCUGCCUAAGUGGUUGUCCAAGGCACUCAUGACUUUAUCAUUAGUAGAUAUAUACAGGGUAUUCUCCAGUGUUGUAUGUUUGUUCUCUGUUCAUUGCCACUGUCAUGUUUUUCAUCAAAUCCUCCACUGAUACGUGAUCAUGUUAUUGGCAGCAGACCAUGGAAAAAGAAUUAUUUUGAUAAUGGAAUUGAUAGGUAUUGAUUUGUUUCUGAUGAAAGUAGGAGGACAAUAUCUGAUUUAGUGUUUGAUCAUUUAAAUUAUUUGUAUUAUGUUGAGUCUUUCAUAAAACCUUCUGAGAAGGCUUUUUGGAACAGGUGUAGGUUUGCCAUUGUGCUGGACCAAUAGUAGCUCCCAACAUACUGAAUAGUGAGGUAGCAGUGUUCGCAAUCAGGAGGCUACACUUGGCUUUAAUUGUACCAUUGUACAGUUUCACAAAACAAUUUAAUGAAGAAGUCAUUGUUGAGGCAGCAGUGUUCCUAAUGAACAUACAUUUUUGUAACUUCAUUCAUGCUUCUUCUAAAGUCAUGAGUGUCAUAAUCUGAUGACUUUAGGGCAAUUCCGUUGUGAUAGUUGCUAUUUGCUGUACUCACUGAGGGAUUUUUUUACUAAUAUAUAUAUGCACACGCACGCGCGCACACGCGCACGCACACACACACACACACACACACACACACACACACACUCACACUCACACUCACACACACACACCUGUAUAUCCAGAUACAAAUUGGAUUAGCUCCCAUUUGCAUUUGCAAUAAUUCUUGUUGCCAUUUCCAAUGAACUAUACUACCAAUAUUGCUGUGGUGACUACCAGUGUCUUGUGUUGUCCGUGUUCUAGUCUUGCCCUAUAGACAGGCUGAAUCUCAAUAUUUAUGAAAGAAAAUUAUUAUUUUUGUCAAUGUUUUUCCCCUGUUGUAUUGCCAGUCCAUUGAGUCCUGAGUAAAACAUGCCCUUUGUCAAUUGUCGGAAUAAUGCUAACUGUUAGUAACUAUUCUCCCAUGAAACUUAACAAGUUGAUGUCUGUGAAAUGGAAUUACUGGUAUGUGCAAUAAUGCUUACAAUCCCACCUUGAAAUCUAUUGUUAAUACAUUUCUAUUUGCCUGUACAUGUACCACUGAAGGCCCACAUGAUCAAGUUAAUGUCUUCCUUUAUCAGGUUCUAGUUCCGCAGUGUCAGUGUACAGAUGUUGUAUGUAUUGUGGAAGUAUGUCACCAUAACAAGGAGCCUCUUAGGCAUGUAUUUUUUGUCCAGUUCAGCCUUCCGUUGACAAAGGGUGUGUUUCUGUAUUUCUGUUAAACUGACAGAAUGUUAUUUUUCAAUUGUUAUAGUGUGAAACUGUUUAUUUGGUUGUUUCAUUGUGUACAUAUUCAUUGUUGUCAAGUGAACAUUUAAAAGCAUUUAGAGAGAUGGACCAAAUACAACAUGUUGUACUUAAGCCUUUUCUGGGCACUCAGUGAUUCCACACUCUACAACAUGUACUAUAUCAUCCUCUUUUUAUGUUGACAUAGUCAAUAAUUUAUGCAGUUCAAAUAUUGUGACUAUAAAUGGCAAUACUUAGUCUUCAUAAGAGUACAAAAUAGCCAAAACUGGUACUUUUAAUGUGGUGGCUGGUAUGUGGUCAAAGGGAGGUAACUCCAGUCAUGCGAUGAUAAGGCACAUAACAAUGACAGGAUUUGUUUUCGCAUAUAUCCCGAUGACAUGAUCAAUUCCUGUAUCUGUUAUGGUAGUGUGUGGAAUCCUUGACCCCUUGAACAAUUUCUGUAACAUUUCAGAGAAACUGUAAUGUACAUCAGUAAAUGUUUAUUUUUCAAAGUCAAAUACUUACAAACAUAGCAAUUUAUUGUUUAAUGGACGUUGCAUUUAUUGAGCCCCAAAAUAAUGUGAUGUAGUUUAUUUUUGUAGUGUCAAUGUUUUUAAGGCAAAUUGCAUUUUAUGACAAGAACACUCCUACCCCAGAUGGCAUGUUGCAGCAUUUGACUUCUGGUAAAUUCAUCUGCUUGCCAAAACAGAACACUAGUCACAGGUUAUUAAGAUGUGCCGUUCUAAUCAAAUUGUCAAUAAAUUGUUUGUGAUAGGAUGGUUUUGAUCUAUAUGAAUAGUUUUAUUUUAAUCAAAUGUUUUGAUGUUGCAAAAUAUUUUAUGAAAAUGAUCCAUUGGUAUGAGGUCUUUAGGCAAUAGAAAAUAUACACGUACUUGUUCUGUAUUUGUGUAAAGAAAUGCUAAUCAAAGGCAUAUGUCUUGAUCAUGUUGAUCACUUGAUGUAUAUUUUAUGUAAAAUGCUAACAGGCUACAGCUGCAGAAAUGAAAAGAAACAGUUCUCAGGAAAUUACUUUUGAAAUUUUGAUGUCUCUUGUUGAUAUCCGACUGUCACUAUUGUAUUUUCUUUUGUUUAAAAGCAGAACUAACAUAUGUUUUCAAUCGGGUGUUUGCCUGAGAACCGCAACUGUUAUUUCUUAGCCUAUGGAAUAAGCUUAUGGUUGUUUAACGAAAGAUUGAAGACUACAAGGUGUGUUAUCUCAGUAUUGUUGCAGAGUUGUCAUCUGUUCACAAUAGUAUAGAGGCUGUCUGAUCUGUUCCUGUUGUCUUAAUGGAAUUGUCUUAUUGUUGUUUUCUCAUCAAGGUCGAUGGAACAUUGGACUUGAAUGUUUGAGCCAUAUGAUGGGAAACAUUCAUCCCUCUCCAGAAACAUGACAAAUGUGACUUCAGUAGUAAGGAGAAUCAUUUUAUUUUAAGAGACAAGGAACUGUUCUGAGAUAAUCUGCUUUGAUAGUCAACAAUGAUCAAAGUAGGAUAUAUUUAGUACGAGGCAAUUCAUUGAAGAGCUGAUAAUGUCUUUCAUCAGUCCAAAUGAAAAUUUGCUUCUUUUUAAAAAAAAGUUUUCAUAGCACUGGAUCAAAUAUCAUUAUACAUCUAUUUAUAUUGUUUAUAAACGACUCCUGUAUACAUAUAUACUAGCUUUGUUUAGAUGCAAUCUUUGUAAUAUUGUUGUGAUUAUUUUAUUGUUGCCAUUAGAUACAAAGGCCGUUUGCAGCAUGUUUCCAUGCGUGCUGACUAGGUUGUACAAUAAUGCUGCUAAGUGUAAUUUGUGAACAGCAAAGGCUAGCUUGUUUUGGUGCUCCUAUGUUUUCAUGUCAUUUUGCCAUGGUAUACAAUGCUUUGUCUACGCAGAAAUGAUAAACUGACAAAAUAUUUGUCUCUGCUUUAUUGUCAAGUUUCUGAAGUAAAGAAAAUAUUUUUGCGUCUGUAUCGCAUAUAUUCCUUUACUUAAACAGAAUCCCAAGUAUUUUGUCUGAUAUGACCAGAAGAUGAAAAAUCAAGCAUCCCUUUGAUAAAAAUGAAUGUCCAUUGUAACAGUGAUAGGAAAUCCGGUCUUGUGUUCAGUAUUGUGCUCCAGAUGUUCAUAUUCAGAUCUUCACACAUGAUCAUGCAACUCUCAGAACCACCUGUCCUUAUCUGUACACCAUAGUUUUGCAGUUGUGUCCAUGACAAAUUUUGUGUUCUUUCAGUUAUCAUUAGUUUUAUGACAUUGGGGUUACAAGGAGUAUUCUCAUCUCAAUAACCAAAGAGUUGCUUUGGAAACAACUGAGCUUUAUACCAUUUGUAACCCUUUGAACUGGGCGUUUAGUGCUCUUUACAACUUCCCAAGUUACGGAACACUUAGUUGACAUCAGACUUGUACCUUUAGCUGUAAUUUUGUUCUACCAGUACUUUAUUUUAUCAUGUUAAUUUCUAAGAAAUUAGUCCAGGGAAAUUGCCAUUAUCUGACUAACUGCUGAUUAGGGUUAUUGAGAACACAAAUAUGUUUCAGUAUGGGGAUUGUCUGUUCUCAGUGAUCCAACUUGUCCUGCACCUCUCUAAGAUCUGACAUGUGGAUAGGCUGGUAUGGGGAAUCAGGGCCUGUCAAUGUUUCUGGCUUGCAUGUUAGUGCUUGGUGACUUCAAUGGUUGGUAGGUGAGAACUGCUACUUUAAGUUUACACCAUUGCUUAUGUAAACAUCAUUAAGUCACUUCUAAGAUGAAUAUCUUGUGCUUGCACAAUGGCCUUUUCAGAAUAUUUUGGAAAAGGUCUGCUUAGGUGUAGAGUAGGAUUAUGUGUAUUUAAUCAAAAUGAUAUUGAGGUGAGGGAUACAAGCUGAGGUGGGAAGGGUUGGGUGUGACCUGUCUUUGGGUUACUGCAGCAGGGUGAGUUACAAUCGAAGGAAUAUGUGGAGGCAAGGCAUUCUUUUUCCAAUGGCCAGUUAUUUGUAAGCAUUAUUGAGCAAGAGCAUGUUUCUUGUUAACUUGGCGCUUGACUUGAUGUUAAAAAUUUGAUUGUAUGAAAUCCUACAGGCAAUAUCAUCUCCCUCCUUUAAGUUAUGAAACUGUUGAGGCAUGUAAUUAUGCUGCAUGGAAUACAAACAUUUUUUGUCUAACAGGAGGAUGAUUGUUUCCAGUUAUGUCAGGCAAGCAUGAAGGAAGUUGAAUGCAAGGUAUCGAUGGUGAUUGCAAAAGCAUCCUUUUGUACUACUGCUGCUUAAGUAGUGUCACUAACGUUCUAGGUUGUGGUUAUCAGUACAUGCUAGUCCACGUACAUGCGUACGACUGUCCACUACUAGGAGAGAUCUGCCUGCCAACUUCCACCUCUCUAGAUCUGUCUGUUAUAUACUGUGUACAUGUCGUUGUGCAAUAAAGGCAUGUAAAACAUUCA